GCUGGGAGUUGAAACUGUACUCUACUGUACACAGACAACAACAAUAAACCUGAGGUGAUAUGAGAUCAUCAUACACGCUGCUUCCAAAAGACAACAGGACAGUCGGCGAAGACAAUCAGUUUGACUCGAUGUCGCGUAAGACGCUGCGUUUUGAUCCAGUGAUGAUGUUAGAAAAGAGAGAUUUGAAACUUGCUCAUUAGCUUUGAUUAGCAUGUUAGCUUUUGUUACUUGGGUGUGUCGUGUGCCAUGAUCAAUCAAUACCUGCUGAGACUGAGGAAAGCUCAUUUUAAUUUCGAAAAGGAAGGAAACACCAGAAUAGGAAGUGAAAGAGGAGGAACAAUCCUGAGUCACUUGUUCUGGAAUUCAUCAACAAUUACAGCUUUCACAAUGGACGACACGCCACACAGUGGAAAAGGAGACGCCAGUCCUUUGGAUGACAACGAAUCAAGAUGGUCAGAGACGAUCAAGAAUACCGACCCUCCAAGGGUCGGAGGUCGAGUACGGCUCUACUCCGAGUCCCAGGUGCACACUGUGAGCCGCUGGGAAGACGCUGAGCUCCAGGAUGGAAUUUCAGCUGAGGAGAGCGGAGGAGCUUCAGACGGAGCCCCCUUCCGAGGCCGAUCCCAGUCCGCUCCCGCUGCACUGUGGAAAGCUAAGAAAUAUGGACGACAGUUGAGGAGGAUGAGUGAUGAAUUCGACACCUGGCUGGACAGAGGGGACAUAAGGAGAAUGAGCAGUCCUGGGACAGUGUCGCAGAAACAACCCAACCGUGGGUGGUUCUCCUUCCUUUGGGGAUCUAGAGAAGAGGAAGGAAGAGAAUAAAACCCACACAGUUAAAAUAGAGAAAGAGAAAUGAAGCAACAAUCAAUCAUCAAGACAAAGACUGGUCAUGGUUGUCACCAGUAUAGCCUUUUCAUCAAAGUGCCCGACCAAACUCCUAUUUAGAAUAUUUAAGAAAAAAAAAUUGUCAAUGAAAUUAAAGGAGAAAGGUGCUAAAACAUUUGACCACUGCAAUACCUAAUGCAAAGAAUUGUUUUUCGAAGAUUUGACAAUCUUAACUGACAAUCUGUGAUAUUUAUGGACAAUCUCACAUAUACUGAUAAAUUCAACCCAUAAAUAUUUAUGGAUUUUUUUAUUAAUUUAUACCCUUUAAAUCAAUAUUUGGUAAGAAAUAUUUGUGAUAUAUUGUUCUAUGAUGUCUUUUAUAAAUGAAUAUAUAGCUAUAUGUCGAGUUUUAAACAUUUGUCUUAUUGAAGGUUUUAUCUUAUUGAAUUGGUGGUAAAAAUGUAAAUAUAUUCCAAGGACUCCAGAAGUCCGUCAUCGAAGCAGCCUGUGAAAAUCUUGUGUAGUGGUGGUGAAUGAUGAUGAUGAUGAUGAUGAUGCGGGUAUUGGUCUAAUUCAGUCAGGUUCGUCUCAGGGUUUUCUUUUAUCACAGCAUUUGCUGUUGUUACUCUUUUUCCAUUUGAAUAAGAUGUCAACUGGAGACCUGAGUGCAUGAUGUGUUUAUGAAUUUCACGUACAUAUUUCAUAAUGGAAGAACUAGUGCUCGUUAGGGUGCAUCAGUUUGCCCCUAAAAAUGAAAAGUUCCUCCGAUCAUGAUGCAUUUUUGUUUUUAUGUUCCUUUUGGUAAGAAAACGCACUGGGUGAAAUAUUUUUUGACAAAAUUCAAAAGUUUAAUGGUGGCACCAGGAGCUCAAAGUUAUGGAAAAAGCUGCUAUUUUAUGACAAAAUUUCAAUCACUUUUCAUGAAACAUUAUGGCACCUUAUAGAGUAUACCAAAUAUCUUAGAUACACAUUUUUAGUACAUAUUCUAAAUAUAUUAUCAAGCACAGUUUGAGUUUUAGCUGUUCAUUGUUCAACUACUUUUAAACAAACAAUACAAAUGUAUUAUGAAUCACAUUAAUGCUUCUCAAUCCCUUGCAAAGGUUCUUAACAUGAUCUCUGGCUCACAAGGAGUCCAACAUUGUGAUUCAAACCUUACGCGAAAACAUAAAAUAAGCGUUUUUUGGCAAAAAAUGAACCUCAUGGUGCCACCAUUAGACUUUUGGAUAUGGUCAAAAAUUUUUACAGGAUGUCUUUAUUGGUGAAAAGGAACACCCAAACAAAAAUGCAUCAGAUUUUAUGAAAGUGAGGGCAACUGAUGCACCCUAGUGCUCGUCUUUGGCCUUUUAUACACACAGCACUGGACUUCAGCAGCUUGGGUUAAAUUGCUUUGUAUGCAAAAGAACAGUGAGUUCCUGCCAAACGUGUGCUUAAGCAAAUCAUUACAGAUGGACAACUCAAAUGCUGCGUAAGCUGGUCUUGACUUAGGCAUUUUAUUCAUGCCUUACUUGAACUGUGUUUCUAUUCGUCUUUUUCAUGAGCUCUUGGUAAGAAUUUAUACCGCAUUACAUAUAGUGUGAUGAAACUGUUUGUAUAAUGAUUUGUUCUAUUUGUAUCAUUGUUUAAUUUAUUAUUUGUGAGCAAAAAUAAA